AUGAAAGCCGCUCCCCAGGGACAGGGCGAGCCAAAUGGCCUCGCCGUCCUGGAUGCAGCGCCGCAGGGCGUGAUCAAUGUCAUCCAUGGCAUCAUUGAGCCGGCAAGGGUCUGCGAACUACGAGGGAUGAUCAAGAAUGCUGAGCACAUGAGAGAGGUGCUCUCCGUUCAGCCCGCCGUGAAAAAGGGAAAGACCGAGGAAAAAGACGUCCUGACCUUUUCUAGCAACGACAUGGAAAGAAUUCAAGUGCCUCAUAAUGACACCCUAGUGGUGACCCUCUGUGUCAAGGACUUCGACAUCAAAAGAAUUCUAGUUGACCAGGGGAGUUCGGUCGAGAUCAUGUAUUACGACGCAUUCAAACAGAUGAAGUUGGAGGACAAGGACUUAGCCCCCGCAACGUCUCCAUUGGUUGGCUUUAACUCUCAACCAGAAUGGCCGAUCGGAAAGAUCAUAUUGCCGGUAAAAGCGGGAUCAGUCACGAAGCAAGUGGAGUUUUGGGUGCUUAAAGUCUCAUCGACCUACAACUUAAUUUUGGGCAGGGGCUGGUUGCAUGCCAUGCAGGCGGUAGCAUCGACCUACCAUCAGGUCCUAUGCCUCCUGGCACCAACUGGACAGAUAGAAGAGGUUUGGGGAGACUAG